AUGCACCUGCUAAUAUCCGACGAGCCUGUGUGCAAACCAGUACACAACCCCUCUACGCUCUUCCUCACUUGCUUUCUCUGCUUUGGAGUCGUCAUCUCCUACUUACCUCAGCACUGGCGGAUCAUCGCUAAACAAACCUCGGAGGGGAUAUCACCAUGGUACCUCCUUCUGGGAAGCACGAGUGCGGCUGCAGGAAUGCUGAAUGUUGUCACGCUUCAAUGGGGGGUCGUUCGGUGCUGUAGCGUGUGGACGGUGGGACAGUGCUUAGAGAACACGAUUGGGAUCGUGCAGGUUACCAUGGUGUGGGCGAUGUUUAGUCUCAUCGUCGUCCUAUUCCUGCGGUAUUUCCCUCCUUCAGCACGGCAUCACCAUAUUCGUCACCCCCAUUCCGGUCGAGAAUAUACCGACGAAGAACAAGAAUGCGAAGAAGAGGAAGCAGAGAUCCAAGAGCUGCUGGUUGCCACGGCCGAGUGGAACGAAGCGAAAGCGCUCUGUGCACUCGUGCUCAUACACCUCAUAACCAGCAUAUUCGUCACCUUCCUCGUCCUCUCCUCUCCCCAGUCCCAACCAUCGCGGCAAGCCGAGCUCUGGGCAGACUUUUGCGGAAUAAGCGGGUCCCUGCUCACCUGCUUCCAAUACGCGCCCCAGAUAUGGAAGACAUACAAGGACCGGCUGGUCGGCGCGUUGAGCAUCACGAUGAUGUGCCUCCAGUGCCCGGGUUCGGCGCUAUUCGUCUUUUCCCUGGCAUUCCGAGAAGGGACAAACUGGACCUCUUGGCUACCCUACGCCACAGUAGGGAUAAUGAAAGCACUCCUGCUUAUCAUCUGCCUUGUGUGGAAAGCACGCCAAGCCCGACUAGGGAUCGACGACUUUGGGAACCCGCUCUCCCCUCUCGUCGGAUCCUGCACAGAGCCGUGCGGCCUUGGGCUAGAAUCCGGUAAUGGAGGGAACGGACUUGUUCAUGGCGAGAGUGGUCCUCCCGGCCUAGCACAAGCCGAAGCCGAGGAUCGCCCGGCAGCAGAGGGGCAGCAAACGGAGGGAAGAGCAGGAGAGACGACCCCCUUGAUCUUCAGAGCUGGGACGCAGGGGAAGGUCGUACAAACUCUGUCAAAGAGGAUCACGUCGGGAUAG